CAGCUCAGAGCCCUGCGGCUGCGGCCUUCACCAUGGAGCAGCUGAGCACAGCAAAUGCCCGUUUUGCCUUGGACCUGUUCCGUGCCUUGAGUGAAAACAAUCCUGCUAGAAACAUCUUCAUCUCUCCCUUCAGCAUUUCCUCAGCGAUGGCCAUGGUCUUCCUGGGGACCAGAGGCAACACUGCAGCACAGCUGUCCAAGACUCUUCAUUUCAAUAUGGUUGAGGACAUUCAUUCAAGAUUUCAGAGUCUGAAUGCUGAUGUCAACAAACGUGGUGCGUCCUAUAUUCUGAAACUUGCGAAUCGAUUGUAUGGAGAGAAAACCUACGCUUUCCUUCCCGAGUUCUUGGCUUCGACUCAGAAAAUGUACGGUGCUGACGUGGCCCCUGUGGACUUCCAGCACGCCCCGGAGGACGCGAGGAAGAUCAUAAACCAGUGGGUCAAAGCGCAGACGGAAGGGAAAAUCCCAGAACUGCUGGCUGCGGGUCUGGUUGACAACAUGACUAAACUGGUGCUAGUGAAUGCCAUCUAUUUCAAGGGAAGCUGGCAGGAGAAGUUCAAGAAAAAGGACACAACCAACGCGCCGUUCAGAGUGAACAAGAAAGAGACAAAGAUGGUGGAAAUGAUGUAUCAGAAGAAACAAUUUCCCUACGGCUACAUCCAGGACCUCAAGUGCCGUGUGCUGGAACUGCCUUACCGAGGCCGGGAGCUCAGCAUGGUUAUCCUGCUGCCAGUUGACAUCCAGGACGAGUCCUCAGGGCUGAAGCAGAUUGAGGAACAAUUGACUUUGGAAAAACUGCGUGAGUGGACCGGACCUGAGAAUCUGGAUGUCAUUGACGUCACUGUCAAGUUGCCCAGGUUCAAACUGGAAGAGAGCUACACCCUCAGCUCUGACCUGGCCCGCCUGGGCUUGCAGGAUCUCUUUGAUAGUCGCAAGGCUGAUCUAUCUGGCAUGUCAGCAGCCAGAGAUAUUUUUAUAUCAGAAAUUGUCCACAAGUCCUUUGUGGAAGUGAAUGAAGAGGGUACAGAGGCGGCGGCUGCCACCGGAGGCAUUGCCACCUUCGCCAUGUCGUUGCCAGAGGAAGAGUUCAUUGCUGACCAUCCGUUCCUCUUCUUCAUUAAGCACAAUCCCACAGCGAACAUCCUGUUCCUUGGUCGAUUUUCCUCCCCUUAGGAGAAGGAGACUGAAAUACAAGGUCGAGCUUAGUUUCUAAUGGUGACAGUUUUCAUAUAUCAUUCCCAAUAAAGCUAC